CUCGUUCACUUGCUGCUCGCGAUAAAAAAUUUGUACGAUACGGUUUUGAAAGUCAGCGUGAACUGCUUCUCACUUGAUCUCAUUUGUGAAUCACGUCCCCAUUGACCAUGCUGAGCGCUUCACCCAAGACGCGGCGGAAUCGGUUCACGUCCUUAUCGCAGGCAGUCGAUCGAUCGCCUGCCACGCUUGUCUACGAAUUGCCCAAACUCAGUAUUCCUCAAAUCCUCCAAUGUCUACAAGAAAUGAAACUUAAUGUCACCGAAUCCGAUCUCGUCCAUCCCACUCCUCACCGUACUCAGCAAUUGUUCGAAUGUCUUUUGGGCAUGCUCUCCCCGUGGCGGGUCAGAAGUGUCAAACGUAUCAUGGAUGCCAUUGCUCAAGACACCAAUCACUGGGAACUUCGUCAGGAUUUCGUGUCAUUAAUGACCCUAUUUCAAGAAAUGAAAAAACUGCUUACAGAGUGCUGUUUUACGGAUUUUACCCUGGAGGAUAUGGCCAAUCCUACUCAAGCACGUUUAUUAAGCAUACUAAGCGCACUCAUAAAUUACGCAAAGUUCCGCGAGCAAUCCUGGGAAAUUUUCGAGCCGUUAGCUCUGGAAGCAGAUGAACUCGAACUGGAAGUCAACCAACUUGCUACGGAGAAUGAAGAGAUCGAGCAACGACUGGAGAAAUACCAGGAAAUACAAAAACAGGAAGAACCUGAACUCAGGGAAAUGGAAGCCGAAAAUGCCGUAUUGGAAGGCAACCUGCGCAAUAUACGAAAAGUGGCCGACCGUCUGUUGUCGGAGUUGAACCAACGAAAGCAAUUACGGCAUGAACUAAAAGAUGCCAUGAGCAAUACCCAAUACAGCAUACUUACAGCACAAGGAGAAAUCGAGCGAUUAAAUGGACGACUGAAAAGUCAUCCAGAUGACAUUCGAGCCAACGUGGCCAAACUUCGCCAAUAUAUUGAGUCUGAAGAAGCCAAUGUGAAAGGCCACACGUCCGCGAUCGAAUCGCUGAAUGCUCAAACAGGAAUGAUCCGUACCUUCAAAGAGAUUGCGACGCCUUGUCUGAAUGCGCUACGAGAAUUGGAAGAACAGAUAUCCGAAUACACUCGACUCAAAGAGAUGCAAACCAAACAACAGCAAGAAAUUGAAAAGAAGGAAGCCGAACUCAGUAAGAUGAGACAAGAAGAAGCGGCUCUGCGGCGGGGCGUAACGACGGUCGAGAGCAAAAUAGGCAUGAUCUAUGCGCAACAACAGAAGAAACGCGAAACGGUACAAUUGCAGCAGAGUAAAAAUGAGAAGGAAGCCGAAAGUGCACGGCAGGAGCUCGCAGUGAGUGAGGAGACCGUUGCCAAAUAUAAAGCCAGUAUCAAGGAGCUGGAAACCAAGAUUGGUCAAAUGAAGGCAGCCUUUGACCGUGAUAGCCAACAUUUUAAUGAAAUACUUGUAGAGCUGGAACAAACGAUUCAUCAAGUGCUCAAUCACACCAACGAGUUUCUGGAAAAAGCUGAAAGAGAUUCGCCCCGUUCAUCAUUACAUUUAUAAUAUACUCAAAGUCCAAAAUUGCAUUUCAUUCAUCACAGCUUGGCAAGCCGUUGUAACCAAAGGAAAUAACAUACUGUAUAAGACAUUAGACCUUACCGAUCUUUUCGGUCCCAUUUCCUACGUUUUGUAGUCCGCUUGCAGCCAGGUCCGAAUAAUUUAUAUAAACUCCAACAGCCGCAGUUGUGGCAGAUGGAGACAAACGCAAAAAGUAGUGCGAAUUCCGAAAGCAUAGCUAUCAACUGCACACCAUUAAUUGUGCAGACACACAUACUUCAUUGGAUUCUGAACUGCACGAUACAACUAAUAAAAAACAAAUCCGGC